AGAACGAAUGGUGGGGUGUCCUGUUACCAACUUCUCUGAUAUCGUGGUAGCUGGAGAAAGAAUAGAGAGUUGGUUAAAGCUGGGCAAAAUUCAGGGUGCGUCUUCUUCUUCUUCAGGGUCGAAAAAGCCGUUUGGUAACAAUGGUGGACAGAGGAAGAAAGAGGGAGAUACCAGUGCAGUGUACGCUCAACGCGGACCCAGUAGGGACCGUUACUUCCAGCACAAUGCUGCAGUAACAAUUCCUGCUGAGUCUCAUUCAGCACAACCGCAACAACAACAACAGCAGCAACAGCAACAAAGACAACAACCCUUUCAGCAGAGACAACAAAGGGCUGGUUAUCAGAUCCGAGGCAGAGCGCAGGAUCGUCAAUUUGAUAGGCCUCCAGUGAGUUAUGCUUUCUUGUUUAAGAAGCUGCAGGAUUUGGGCCUUGUGCAGACCAGAACUCUGGCACCUUUGAGACCUGAUCAAAGGCCAGCCAGUUAUGAUGAGAAUGCUAAAUGUGAAUUCCACUCGGGUGCGCCCGGGCACAACAUUGGGAACUGUGGUGAAGUUUAG